CAAUGCCUUUGGAAAUGCAGCAGUAAUGGCAGGCGUUGAGUUGUCGAUUUUAAUGUGCGCAGUUUGGGCGUUAUCUUUGUCAGCAGAUGCGGAGGUUACAAGUAUCCGCCUUGUUGGUGGCAAGACGCCGUUCUCUGGUCGAUUGGAGGUGGAACACAACAGAAAAUGGGGAACAGUGUGCGCUGACGAGUUCACAGUCAACAGCGCCAAGGUCGUCUGCAGGAUGCUUGGAUUCACAGACACCAAGUAUGCUGAAGUCGUCAAACCGGAUGUUUUCGGUCCGGGAUCAGGAGUGAUCAUGCUGGAUAGUUUAACUUGUCAUGGAAAUGAAUCAGACAUAUCUCAGUGUAGUCAUGAACCUUGGGGGGUGUCUGACUGCUCUCCCUCCGAAGACAUUGGGGUGCAUUGUCACACGCACAUGCGAUUGACAUCUGGUUCUACCACACAUGACGGUCAGGUGGAGGUGAACAUUUCCGGGAUCUGGGAACCAAUCUGUUCCGAGAACUUCACCUUAUCAGAAGCCAGGGUCGUUUGCGGAAUGAUGGGAUUCAUCUUUAACGGGGCGGAGUUAAAAAUAUCCAACAUAGCAAGAUACAACUUUUUACCUACGUCUUACACAUGCGAAGGCUAUGAAAUUGAUGUAUCGAUGUGUGAGAAGAUAAACAUAACCUGCUCACAGCCAUAUGCCGCAUUUGUUAAUUGCCGUACACCGAUUCGGCUAGUGAACGGCACCAGUGCCCAGUCCGGGCGUGUUGAGGUGGAGUACCGGGGUAUGUGGGGGACGAUCUGCGAUGACGGCUUCGACGACCUUGAAGCUAAAGUCAUCUGCAGAAUGUUGGAUUUCAGUGAUAAAGGGGCAAAAUCUUAUGGGCGUGCAUAUUUUGGAGCUGGAACCGGGCCCGUUACAAUCAAUGAAAUGCGAUGCAUUGGUACCGAAAAUGACAUUUCAGAUUGUAAAUCCAGCGAAUGGCUUUCUUCAAAGAAUUGCGGUCACAACGAAGAUGCAUCGGUGGAAUGCAAAACUGAAGUUCGUUUAGUAAAUGGCCCAACAAAGUUUUCUGGUCGCCUAGAAAUUUCGACUGGAUCUGUAUGGAAAACGGUAUGUUCUGACCUGGUAGACAACAAGACUGCUAUGGUGGUGUGCAAGAUGCUAGGAUUUGUCGGAGGAAAUAUUUCCGUUUACGAUGAUGGACGAUUUGGAAGUGGUCUUAUGAAAACGCAUGGCUACGACUGCAAUGGGAAUGAAACCGAUAUUGUCCACUGCAACCAAAACGAGUUUGCCCCGUCGUGUUCGAAUGGGACUAGCGUUGGAUUCAAUUGCUACGCUAUAACACCGAUCCGACUUCUUGAGGGAACAGCCAUGUUUAAUGGAAGAAUUGAAAUUUACCAAAGAGAAAACUCUGCCAACGGGGAUUGGAGAGAAAUCUGCUAUAAUCAUCUGACAACAAAGGACGCAAUGGUGAUGUGCAGAAUGAUUGGGCACCCGACUAGGUACCCUACAAUACAUCACGCUUUCAACCAGUACAAUUCGGAUGGAAGAUUUCCCACAAUAAGUGGUUUCGGAUGCUCUGGAAACGAAACCGAUAUUACCGAAUGCACACCUGACAAAGAGUGGACAGCGACUUCGUGCAGUUACAACUACCGAGCGGCGAUUAAUUGUGGAAUUAAUUCCACUGUGAGAGUCAUGGAUGGACCUUCAAUAAAAGCUGGACGAGUAGAGGUCUUGUACAACGGAACUUGGCUUGGUAUAUGUAACCAACGAUAUAACUACGAUAUCACAUCGACAGACAUUAAUCUUCUUUGUAGACAUAUGGGAUUCAACCAAAGUGGCUACUUGACGACCCCAACUGCAACUCGAAGUUCAAAGGUCAUUUCAAAACUCGCAUGCAGCAGUUCUGUAUCAGACGUAUCCGAUUGUCGAUCUGGUUUGUGGGGUGUUGUGGAUUCAUGCCCACAGGCAGCAAUCGUAUGUAAUAGCAGCAUCCGCCUAGUGAACGGCAGCAGCGAGAGAUCUGGUCGAGUGGAGGUGCUGCAUAGAGGAAUGUGGGGGACCGUUUGUGCUGACGGUUUUAACGUCACAGAGGCUGAUGUUGUCUGCAGAAAAGCUGGCAUACGCCUUUGGAAUGCGUCAGUGCUCGACGAUUCCCCUUUCGGAUCUGGUGCGCAUGGAUACCUUCUUAACAACGUUUCUUGCAAAUCGAGCGAGCACGAUAUAGGAGAGUGUCAGAGUUCCCCUUGGAAUGAAACAUCUUGUGAAGACGGAAACGUAGCAACCGUUUUAUGUCGAGUACUCGAAACACCAAUUCGUCUUCUGGGAGGCAAAACACCGUUUGACGGGCGGGUUGAGUUGCACUUUAAAAAUGACUGGAAACCAAUUUGCUAUGAUGGUUAUAAUGGAAAGAGCACAGACGUACUUUGUCGUUUGCUACAAUAUAAUUUUUCAAGAGAUGCAACGUACUCCUCCAACUCGUAUUCUUCAAACUUCUUGCUGGAAAACCUGCGUUGCGUUGGAAAUGAAUCUGACAUCUCUCUGUGCCCUUCCUCAGACUGGGGAUACACUUCUUGCAGCAACUAUGGACUCACAAUCAAUUGCUUGUCCCCUAUAUUUCUUUAUGGCGGCUCAAAUUCGCAUUCGGGAUUUGUAAAUGUGCAGAAGAACGGACGUAGUGGUUAUAUGUGUGCUGAUAAUUUAACUGCUGAGACCCAGUCUGUCAUAUGCAAAAUGUUGUUUAAUGUCACCAGGGAUUAUACAUUAGUUGAUCAAGCGUAUUUCAAGGCUGGAUUCGCGUCCGGUUCAUUUGUGGACAAUAUCAAGUGCACGGGUAUUGAGGACGAUUAUCAGAUGUGUCCAUCCUCGGACUGGUUUUCAAAUUCAAAGUGCAAGAAUCCGGCUUUUCUAAGAUGCAAUACACCUGUUCGUCUCCGAGAUGGAAGAAAUAUGUAUACAGGAAAUGUGGAGGUCUACAUUAAUAAGACAUGGUCAAACGUAUGUUUCGACCCUUCACGAAACGCUGUGAAUGCAAAGAUGUUCUGCAGAAUGUUGGGUUACAAUUACAGACUAGCUCUAUCGAGCAAUAUGACCACGCGCAACAUAUCAAAUCUGCUACUGACCUGCGGCGGAAGUGCAGACGAUAUUUCCCAAUGUCUAGGAAUCAACGAGACAAAUUGCGCUUCAAUUUUGUCAAUUUCGUGUCCGACUUCGUUACAACUACAAAAUGGUAGAACUAGGUACAUGGGGCAAAUAAUAGUUCAACUCGGUGACUACGAGAGUACAGUUAACGGUUUUGAUGACGAACAAACUGUAGGGACAAUUUGUAGACUUCUUGGCUUCAAUUUCACGAGAAACUACCAACAUUCGUCAACGGACUAUCUCCGUCAGAAAACACUAUACCGGUAUGCACUGUUACAGAAGUUAAAGUGUUUUGGAAAUGAAACUGACAUUGUUGAAUGUCUGGAGAGCACAGUAUAUUCUGAAUCUACAGGAACCUACUACACGCAUGGAAUCAGUUGUCAGACACCAAUUCAGCUUGCUAAAGGCAACAGUUUUCUAUCUGGAAAACUAGAAGUGAAUGUUAACAAAACAUGGCUUCCAGUAUGCUCGGACGGCUUCAGUUCAAAUGAUGCGUACGUCAUAUGUCGAAUGUUAGGACACACGCAUGCCAGAAACGCAACAAUUUCAUCGGAACCAAUCAACGGUACCCUCGUCGAUGGCGGGUUUUCAUGCAAUGGGGUCGAAGAUGACAUUUCGCAAUGUACUGGAUAUACUGAGAAAACAUUGGUUGAAUGUGGAAGCCAAAUGGCGAUACAUAUCAAUUGCCAAACGAUGGUGCGACUUGCGGAUGGUCCUUCGCUAACCAAAGGUCGAGUGGAAGUUUUCUACAAUGGUACCUGGGGGCCCGUUUGUCAAGAUACAACCAGCAGCUUUGUGGCAAACAUUAUAUGCCGAUCUGCAGGAUUCAGAUAUACAUAUGGCGAGGUUCAAUCCACGUUCACAUACAGCAACAAGACAUUUAGCAACUAUACGAUAUCGCGGCUUAUGUGUACAAGAUAUGAAGAAACAAUAACUGAGUGUAGUUCUAAUAACUGGAUGACUGGUUCGUGUAUUUAUUCGGCUCCCCUUGAAGUUGAGUGCCUGACCCGGACAUCACUUCAAGCGGGUGUUAACAAAUAUUUUGGUUGGGCUCGACUUGAGUUUCAAGAUCCGUACGGAACUAAGUAUGGGACCAUUUGUGGAUCUGGAUUUUUUGCCAAAGAAGCUGACGUCAUAUGUAAUAUAGUUGGUGCCCCGACAAACGGAAAUGCAACUAUCUACUCAAACAACAAAUUUGGAAGUCCCUCGUACAGAUUUGUUAUUGAACAACUGAACUGUUCUGGAAAAGAAAACGAUCUUCAAGAAUGUCAGUCCAAGCCUUGGUCUGAGACGUCGCAUAUGUGCACAUCCAGUAACAAGGCUGUGGCGAUUAACUGCAGACCAAACACGCCGAUCAGAUUACGAGGGAACGAUCCCAAUAAGGGAAUGGUUGAAGUCUUUUUCGACGGCGCGUGGUAUCUGAUGUGCGCGUACACAUUCAGCUUCCGGGAAGCUGCCGUCGUUUGUAAUAAACUUGGAUAUAAAAUCGGGACACCUGAUAUUCGUUCUGGAUUUAGUGAAAAUGCUCUCAUAUAUGAUAUGAACUGCCAAGGGAGCGAGACGGACAUUUCUCAGUGCCAGUUUCAACGCCAAACUGGGUACACCUAUUCGUGGACUCCUCAAGACUGUUGGUAUCAUGGUGCAACAUACCGAUAUAAUCGUGCAGGCGUUAUAUGUAGCAAUAACCGUGUAAGACUCAUCAGCAACGUCAACAACUACCAGGGACGAGUGGAGUUCCAGUACUUCGGUGUUUGGGGAACUGUGUGCAACAAACACUUUGAUCAAGGGGAUGCGCGAGUCGUUUGCAGACUUGCUGGGAUCGAUAGUGCAGGAAACUUCACGAUUUACACAAAUGUUUCCAAGUUUGGACAAGGGUCAGGUACCCUGAUUGUAGAAGACCUUCACUGCAACGGAACUGAAUCAGAUAUCGACGAAUGUGCCUCGUAUCCGUGGAAGGCAAAUUCUGCACACACCCCUUGCAAUUCGCAUUCCUUAGAUGUCGGAGUUAACUGUAGACCUGUUACUCCAAUGCGCCUAGUAGGUGGAACCAACUAUUCUGGAAGAGUUGAAAUUGAGUAUGAAGGCGUUUGGGGCACGAUCUGUGACAGAGGUUUCGAUAUAAAUGAUGCAAAAGUCAUUUGCAGAAUGAAAGGAUUCAAUACCGAGAGUAUUGAAAUACGUUUAAACGGAUUUUACGGAAACGGGAAUGGCAGAAUAUUUAUUUCGGAUCUCUUAUGUACUGGCGAUGAACCAGACAUUUCCGAAUGUAACGUGGGUCUUCGAUGGAAAAAUACAAAUACCCUUUGCACUAACACCAACGACGUAGCCGUCCAAUGCAACACACCCGUACGAGUACGAGAUGGUCUAACAUUCUAUUCCGGAAUCGCCGAGGUUUAUAUCUUUGGUGGAUGGCGACGAAUAUGUAAAGACAAUUUUACCAUACAAGAUGCACUUACACUGUGUACUCUGGCCGGGAAAAGAGAUAAUUAUAAUGGGAACGUGACGAUUCAUAACCAGGAUUUCGUCAACAUGCCGUUUGAAUAUACGCCUAUUGGAGAUUUUGGAUGCAACAGCAAUGAAGAGGAUCUUUAUGAAUGCGGUUCGGGUCAGUGGGUGAAGUCAUCAACGGCGUGCCCAAGCGGAGAAAACGUUGCUCUAAAUUGUCGUGCUCAAACACCGGUUCGAUUGAUGGAAGGGCUACAAGAAGCAGCAGACAUAGUGCAAAAACCGAUAAAAGGAAGAGUUGAAGUGCAGUACAGACGAUACGACCAAGAGCUGCAAAAGUAUCGCGAUGACCACUGGGGGACAAUAUGUGAUGAUGAGUUUGGUGAUGACGAUGCAUUGGUUCUUUGUUCUAUGAUGGGAUACUCUGUUGGGAAGGUAUAUCGACCACACGAAGCUUACGCUUUGUUUGGAAAUGAAACAAUAAUCCUGGACGACUUGCAAUGUCUCGGAGUUGAAGAAGAUGUGUCCGAGUGCAAAGCACGAGAGUGGGGUACCCAUGACUGCUUACAUGACGAAAACGUUGCAAUUUACUGCAACUACCAGGAAAAUAUUGAUCCGUGUGACAAAGAAAACUACAAGAGGCUUCCAAAUUUAGAACUGCGAUUAGUAAAUUACAAAACAACUUCCAAACCUAUAAACGAUAACAAAUUGUCGCUAAACUGGUACUUUGUUGGAAACAACACGUUGCCUGACAAAGAACCGCCUUUUAACCGAUGUGCUACUGUGUUUCCGGUGUACAGCACGGAUCCGAUUCCUGUGCUUGGUGCUGGGGUUAAAUCACUGAAAGCUGAACAAACUGGAAAUUCAAGUAUCACUUACGAUAUCCAAGCCAAGAAUUGCGGGAGUUACUUUGUGUACAGAUUAGGGCCAACAAAAACGAAGGACAGCGGUUAUUGCUUUGGUAUAGGCUCAGAAAUACCCCCACCAGCGUUUGUUGCCAGGAGCGUUAUCACGGUGCUUGAGAAUAAUAGUAACUCGGUUUGGUUCAGAUGCAAAUUCGACCCAGAUGCAGAACACAAUCUAACUUAUCAAGUUCAAUGGCAUGUUUCCGGAAAUUCAGAGCAUAUUUUAACAAAACAGUACUGUCAAAACACAAACAUGCAUCCUUGCUUUCUUCCUGAGAAAGAAUUUGCUGAUAUGCAUGUUGGCAUGGGAACGAACGUAUCAUGCGCUGUUCGUGCGUUCAAUGAAGCGGGUGGGCAACCAGGGCAGUUAUCGGUGUUCUCGGAAACAUAUUUUGUGGGUAUCAAGCUCCUAACACCGUACGUCUCCGUUCGAAGAGGUGAAAUAAAGUCGAUUGAAUUACAGUUCACCGUUCCGAUUUUCUGUAGGAACGAACUUGGAUGCAAAGCCACGCUUGAUUACUUUACUCCAGAUUACGGCACGAACUGUCCAGAUGUAGAGGGAGACUUUCCAUCCGGAUGUUCUCAAACAGUCGGGGCGCAACCGCUAGGCAAAAUAUUAAACGUUGAUGUUGGUGCAGCCGAAACUGGCCAAUACGGAGUUGCCGGAAAGUUCACGCUUUUCUUACAAAUGCACAAAAAUGAAAACGUUGCAUUUUUGUAUGUGCCGUAUAAACUGCCAGCAAUUGAGGUUGAAAUUUUACCUGAAGCCGACAGACAGUGGCAAGGAAAAUUAUGCGGUGCACGAAAUGACCCGCACAUGUACACUUUUGAUGGAAGAUCGUAUGAGCAUCACACUGAAGAGGGCGAUUACAUUUUGUAUAAACAUACAAAAUAUGAAAAUAUCGAGAUCCAGCAUAGAAUAGCCAACUGCACAGAUGGUAAAAGUCUAGCUAAAUGUAACUGUGGCGUUGCCGUAAGGGCCGGACGUGACGUCUACGUCAUCAACGUUUGUAACGGGUACAUCGACAUUGGCUACAGGCAGUGCUGGGAUAAGGCAUUGACGGUGAAAAAAGAAAACGACUAUACAUACACGAUCUAUCUACCAUAUGGAACUGCGGUCCGGGCCCGCAUAGAUAACGCUCCGUUUAUGGGCGAAGCCGGUGGAAGGGUAUUGGAUAUUUCUGUGAACCCUUCAAACAAAGAUACCAACGGUAACAGUACAGGGUUAUGUGGAAGUCUGAACAAUGAUCAAUCAGAUGAUUUUGAGAAUCAAGACGCUUUUAUUAAUAUGUGGAAGGUCAAGCUAAAUGCAUCCCUGUUUGCUAGCGAUAUGUACCAUAAAGAUCUUGAACCUUGGGUGUUUCCAACUUGCAGCUGCAAGAAAAACAGUAUUGGAAACAAUGAUUAUACAUGUGACAGGAGUUUAACUGGAUGCACACGAGGUACUUUAACAGGUUAUCGAAGUUGCAAUGAAGUUACAAAUAGUCGACCCGUUCGUUCAGUAAGUGGCCAUGUUAAACAAAGACGUAUGCGAAUACCAGUGACACACCAGCGCAGCAGCAAAAAAUCUUUAACUAAGAGGAGCACCAGCACUUGGACUGUUGAAAAUGCGAGGCGUCAUUGUGAAACCCAAUUGGCUACGAUACAAACCCUUUGCAAAAAUAUUCCAAACACUCACACAGACGUAUCCGUAGAUAACUGUGCAUUGGAUAUAAUGCUUGCGAACUCCACUGAAUGGUUGUCCAUGUCAAGGCAGUCUAUGCUCGAAACCUGCCAAAAUGAAAUUCAUCGUAACAGUACUGUAAUUAGGCAUUUAAUUGAUAAAGCGGAGGGAAAUCACACAGCCGACAAUAACGUUACUACGAAAGAAGAACUCGAAAAACUCCAGUUCUUACUACAGAUUGGUCAAGAAAUUGAGAAAAAGUUUUGCAUCAAUAACUGUAAUGGUCGCGGACAAUGCACUAACGGUACGUGUACGUGUGAACUGAACUAUGGCGCCAUAGAUUGUUCAAUGAAUUUGACCAAGCCACCGAAGAUUGCGUUAAUGAAUGACGGUCUCUGUGAUACGAAUAAAACAGACUGCUCUGAUAUUGUUGUCAUUGGCGGUGAAUUUUCAUCUUCGAACUUGACAUGCAGAUUGAAAUGGUUCAGUGUUGACAUUAAUGGAAGUGUCAGCGACGAUCAGACAGUAUUGGUUCCUGGUGAGGCCGAAACACUAGGGACGGCAAUUUGUCCUGCUAACAGAUUACGACAACGUAGAUCGAGUGCAAAUACGUUCGUCCGAGGAUUCCGUGUUUCCAUCAGCAAUGAUGGAUAUAAUUUUAACGAAAAUCAACAGGAAUCUGUCUUCAUUUACAAUUCUGAGUGUCAGCUGUACAAUACUAAUUCUGAGACAGCAUCAAAGUUUACAUUUACGCUUAAAAAUGAAUACUGUUUUAUUGAAGACAAAUGUUACAUUAACGGUACCCUAGAUGUAUCCAAAGAUUUUAUAUGUGACCCCGCAAUUGAAAAGACAUCGUGGACUCGAUACGUGCCUCCGUUGGAUUGUAAUAACCCAGAAGCGUGUAAGACAAUUUCCAACUCCGUAUGCGAGGUAAUUUCCGAUGUUGCGAAUUGCAAUUGCAAAAGAGGCUACACACUAGAGAAAGAUGUCUGUAAAAAAAUCGACAGUAUUAUGGAUGACAUUCCGGUCUCAGACCGCCAUGGAAGCUUGGUUGUAGAGGUGACUCUAGACUACCAAUUCCCGGAAAAUAUAAAUAUCGACUCUGCAUUCACAUUCGAGCGGUAUAAAACGCUAUUGGUCGAUGAGCUUUCAAGCUUCUACAAAAAUGAACUUGGGAAUCGACUGGACAAAGUAAACAUAAGAGAUAUCAAGAUUGGCAGUCUCAUUGUUGAUCACCGUGUGAUAUUUGUUCAACGCGAACAUAUUCUUAGCGAUGUCACCCAAGCAGUAUUUAAACUAUUCCAAUCCAACAUCACAAUAAAGGGUCAGAAUGCCCGAGUCAUUGGUGUAUCGCUAGGGGAAGAUAAAGUUCCACUUGACGAGGGCAAUUUCGCCAAAUGUCGCGCGUUUACAAUUGUUAAUCCGUGUCAACACGACGAAGAAUGUAUUAUUGUUGAAGGUGUCCUUCGUUGCGUAAAAAAGACGACUGAUCCUGAUGGAAUUAAAUUGUCCGUAAUAGUCGCUUCUGUUGUUGGGUCAUUUCUAUUCCUGGUUAUGGUGAUUCUUGUUGGCGUCAUUUGCAAGAAAUAUUCGCGGUCUUCAAAGAAAAAGAUUGACACAACAAACCUGCAAGGCGUUGAUCUUUGCAAAUUACCAAGACCCAAAAUAACUGGCAGUGAGCUAGGAUCUGAGUACAACAAUGUAAAGCCGGACGCUCCAAAGAGCAGGAAGAGGUAUGUUCAAAAUGAAAACACGUAUGGGAGCUUUCCUGGCUACAGCGGCAGUGUUUCAAAUGACAGAUUUUAAAGCACAGACAUGUAGCAGCAGCAGACCUUAAACCAACUAUGAAACAAACCUUCCGCCUACCGCAUCCUAGAUUUAUAUGAUUGGAAGCUUUGUAUAUUUUACAUUGAUAAACAUUAACUUCCAAACCUUCUGUGUAAAUGCGAAGUGUAUAAUUGAUUUAUAUAAGAUCUGAAAAUGAUAAUAAUUGUAUUUCGUGUACAAUGAAGGACAUAAUACAGACAAUAUUACAUAAUUAUAUGGAAUAAUUAAUAUAAUAAAAAAUGUUUUAUUUAACUUUAUUUUUUAUCUAUAUUUAAUCAGGACUUUUUUUAACCUUAUGUUUAUCUAUAUUUAAUCAGGACUGUUUUCUUGUACUGUUCACCCAUGUUCGCUGGGGUUGUUUUUAUUACAUAAUGGUUUCUACUGAUAUGUUGAAAUAACAGUUUUAAUUCCACUUGAUUUGUUUUCUUAAAAACUCAUAAAUUAUGUUAACAGUCAAUAUAACCCUCCGAAGCCAGCACUUUGGAACAGCUAAACUUUUUCAAUAUUAGAUACCUUACUAACUUAUGGAAUAUCCCAGUUAAAGGCAUAUAUUUUUAUUUUAAUGUUGUGUACAAAUAUAUACCUAAUCAUAUGGUUUGGCUUUACUUUUAAUUUUCCGUAUGUUUGUUACAUUAUGCAUAAACAUGUUUCCAAUAAUUUGUUAUUAAAAGUGUUUUCAAAUAGUCUCUAUCAGACUGUGUUAAUAAUUAUUUCAAAAUAAAUUAUUGUUCGGUAUUAAACUUCUAAGCCCUAUACGAGUUCCGAUCAUUUUAAGUAACGAUAACCCUAUAUUACCCUAAUAUUUUCGUGAUAGGCUACCUCCAUUUGUUUUCUAUCAAUAACUUAACGAACAGUGGCUAUUUACGAAUUAUGUUUAUUUAUGAAUAACACACAAGAAAAGAUAUUUAAGUGUUGUUAUAACAACCUAAAGGCAGGUAUAAUUUGAUACA